AUAAGAACUGCAUAAAACAGGCAAACAACCGGGCAGCACUUGAACAUGUACUCAAACAAAAACGAAGGACCGCGUAGAGGAAGAUCUUUUGACUCCAUGAACAUUGGCUUCGAAGAGAAAUUGCUGAACAAUGAGAUAAACAAAUCGACCUUCACAAAAAUUGAAGAAAACUCUGAAAAGAACAACACGUCGGAGAAAGGCAGAGCAACAAUCAUCUUCUCCCUCAAGAAUGAAGUGGGAGGAUUAGUAAAGGCGCUCAGACUCUUCCAAGAAAACCACGUCAACCUUGUCCACAUAGAGUCGAGAAAAUCCAAACGACGCAACUCUGAGUUUGAAAUCUUCGUGGACUGCGACAGCAACCACGAACAGCUGAAUGAGAUAAUCCACCUGCUCCGAAAGCAUGUGAACGUGGUGGACAUGGACCCUCCAGAUAACUCCUGUCUACACGAGGAAGAUAUGUAUGACGUUCCUUGGUUCCCAAAGAAGAUUUCAGACUUGGACAAAUGUGCUAACCGUGUCCUGAUGUACGGCUCUGAGUUGGAUGCGGAUCAUCCGGGUUUCAAGGACAACGUCUACCGGAAAAGGCGAAAGUACUUUGCUGAUCUUGCCAUGGCCUUCAAACAUGGGGAUCCGAUCCCUCGCAUCGAGUUCACAGAGGAGGAAGUGAAGACUUGGGGAGUCGUGUACAGGGAGCUCAACAAGUUGUACCCAACCCACGCCUGCCGGGAGUACUUGAAGAACCUGCCACUGCUCUCCAAAUACUGUGAAUUUCGGGAGGACAACAUCCCUCAGCUGGAAGAUGUCUCACGCUUCCUCAGGGAACGCACCGGAUUUACCAUCAGGCCUGUGGCUGGUUAUCUGUCCCCUCGUGACUUCCUUGCCGGUUUGGCCUUCCGUGUUUUCCACUGUACCCAGUACGUGCGGCACAGCUCCGACCCCUUGUACACCCCAGAGCCGGACACGUGCCAUGAGCUGCUGGGUCACGUCCCUCUGCUGGCCGAGCCCAGCUUCGCCCAGUUUUCUCAGGAGAUCGGUCUCGCUUCCCUCGGAGCCUCAGAUGACUCCGUUCAGAAACUGGCCACAUGCUACUUCUUCACCGUGGAGUUUGGCCUAUGCAAACAAGAAGGGCAGCUGCGAGCAUACGGAGCGGGGCUGCUGUCAUCGAUCAGUGAGCUUAAGCAUGCGCUCUCUGGCAAUGCAAGGAUAAUGUCUUUCGACCCCAAAGUCACAUCCAAGCAAGAAUGCAUCAUCACGACGUUUCAGGAUGUCUACUUUGUCUCGGAGAGCUUCGAGGAGGCCAAAGUCAAGAUGAGGGAAUUUGCCAAGACCAUCAAGCGUCCCUUCACGGUGCGAUACAACCCUUACACCCAGAGUGUGGACGUGCUAAAAGACACUCCCAGCAUCAACAGCGUGGUGGAGGAGCUUCGGCACGAGCUUGACAUCGUCGGCGACGCCCUCAGCCGGCUGAACAAGCAGCUGGGCGUCUGACUGCCCAAAUUACAGUCAGAGUUGCCCAACUGCAGUCCGUCAAUGCUUGCCUAGUCACCCCCCCACCCCGAGCACCACCGUAGAGAUGCUGCUUGUGUUUCGCCCCCUCGUCACUACAAUGAAUGUGCCCUGCUUCUGGCAAAAUGCCCCGGCGUCCCCACUGCAUGGUGUAUGGCUUAUACGAUUCACAGAGGCGCAUUAGGUGUGUUUAACCACUGAUAUCAGUAUAUUGCACAAACCCAGAAAAGCUGCUUAACCUGAGAUAUUGUCUUCUGUACCGCAAAAAGAUUCCCAGCUGUUAAAAAAACACAGAUGUGGUUUCCUGAUCCUCUUGUUGACUCUGCUGUGGUGUUUUCUCAUGUGAUUUUUUUUUUUUUUUUUUUUGUAUUUCAUUUAAUUAUCUUUCUUCACAUUAAAUCUUCCUCACUUCAGUGAUAUGUAUAAAAUGUACCUUAUUUGUAUUCUUUUGGUGUAUGUAUCAUGUUCCUUUUAUGUGCUGUUAAGGGAAAUUAUGAAAGUGAAAACUAGAAUUUUAAGGAUGUUUUCAUGGCUGAUUACGACGGACUCAUGUACCCUGACCCAUUUUAUUUUACCGUGAUGAUUUUGAAUACCUCCUCUUGAAGUGAAUAAAAUUGUAGUACUCCUUAAAUCAAAUCAUUAUUUUUCUACUGUAAAGAGAUAUAGACAAUGAGUAGGCUCUGUAUCAAACUACUGAAAAUAAAAUAAAAUGUUUAUUGUGUCUGCACAGUGUGUCAAAUGGUGUGUAACCUGUUGAUUCAUUACUU